UUAUAAUAUUACAAUAAUUAUGUUUUCUUUGAUCUAAUUUGUACUUUUGUUCUUGUAAUUUUUAUUGUUCAAUCUGGUGAUUGGUCCCUUUAGUAUUAUGGUUUUUCAGCUAUUUCUUUACAGAAAAUUUUGAUUACUCUGCUGCUUAUUCACCUGUGAAAUCUUUUGUACAUUUUCCCCUGUUUAUUCUAUUUUUUUUCUAAAUAUUUUUUUAAUACAUUGUUACAUUCUGUGCUUACUAGCGCACUCUAUCAAAGUCUUAUGAGCUAAGAAUGGGAUCAAUAGCAUUAUAUAUUAUGAAAUGUGAAAUAUUUUAUUACAGUAAUGAAUACACUGCAAUAAUUUUAAUUUAUGGAAAUGUAUAUAUUACUUGUUGAUUAUUCACUGUACCAGUUGAAGAUAUUAAUUUUCAGGGUGAAUCAAUUUGUAAAAGAAUGCAAUUGUUUUAUCAAUAGUAUGAAUGUGUUCAUCUCAUUUCCAAGCAACAAACAUCCAGCAUAAUAAAUACCUUUAUUUGUUGAGUAAAAUGGAAUUAAAUAAAAUUAAUGAUAUUUCAUUUAAAACAAAUAUACAUAAAUUAUUGGGAGCAUUAGAUUCAACAACUGCCAAAGACUUGUCAGAUAUACUUCAAAAACUUCGAGAUAACAAUCAUCCAAAGUUAACAGUUGGAAUGUUUUUUGAAUUCAUGAAAGUUGCAUAUCAAGUUGGCGAUAAUUGUGAAAGUUUAACUACAAUGUUAACAACAGACAAAAAACUUGAUUGGAAUAAGUUAGCAAAAAUUAAUAUAUGUUUUGAAUCACAGAACCAUAACAUAAGUGAUGAAGUACUUGUUGAGAGUAGUAUUAUAGACAAAAAUAUAAGUACCGAUACUGAAGAGAAAAUAUUAUGUGAAACAUUUGACAAUAAUGUUAAAAAUUGUAUGCAUCCUAUUGAAAUUUCAAAUGUGUUGAUCCCAAAUGAACAAAUACAUAGUUAUGAGCAAAAUACAUUAGCUGAUGUUGAGAAAUAUAAUGAAAUUGCAGAAAGUAUAUAUGAUACAAAAGUUGCAAGAUCCAUAGAUAAAGUAGAAAAUCUUUUAAUAACGUUAAUAAAGACAAAUUUAAGUGAUAUAUUACAUGAAGGUUUAUUGGAUUCUGUGUUACCAUAUCUGAUUCCAAAGUCUACGAUAUCGCAGCCAAUUAUCAAAAAGUCUAUUACAAACACUGAAUUAAAAAAAUGUAAUUCGUUAAGUAACAAUAUUGAAACAUCAAUUACAAAUGUAAUGCACAAAGAGAAAGAUAAAAAUAAAACAAAUAAAAAAACAAUAGAAAAUGAAGUGGAAAUUCAUGUUUGCGAUGAAGAAAAAAAUAUAAAAAAAAAUUUCUAUUGCCCUCAAAAGCUGCUUAUUAAAAAAAUGCGUUACUUUGCUGAUUUAACAGCAGGUCAAAAAUUAGAAGAUAUAGAUAUAUCAGUUCACUGUGAUAUUGUCAUUUUUGAUUGGUUAAUGAGAUGGGUGAAAAAGGAUAUUAUAAAAAAACCCGAGUGGCCAACUUUGGAGCCUAGUAAUGUUAUUCCAAUAAUGGUAUCUGCGUCUUUUUUACAAAUGGAACCACUUUUGGAGAAUUGCCUGCAAUAUUGUCACGAUAAUAUGUCAGAUAUAUUAAAAACAUCAACAAUUUUAACUUGUUUAGAUGAUAAUCUUCUUACAAGAUUAGUAGAGCGAUUUACCAAUGAAGAUGUUGAAGCAUUAAAAGACAAAAAAGAUAAAAUCCAAAGUAAACUCUUCUGUAAAUUGAUAAUGUCGCUUGCUGAAGUAAUGCCGGAUAAUAGAAAAGGCCAUUACAGUUCUCUAGCUACGUUAUUUAAAUGCAGCAAAUGUGGGAAAAGUAUCAUUCAAUCGGUCUCUAAUUAUGUACCAUGUAUUUCGAGUGCAAUGGUAAUCGAUAGUCAUGGAUAUAUUCGCAGUAAACAUAUAAGAGAUUUAUCAUGGAGUUUAGAUGAUUAUAUCAUUACUCUUCGAACAGAGUUGCGUUCUUGGCGUAAAGUAUAUUGGAGAUUAUGGGGUGACUGUCAUUAUUUGUUUUGUACACAGUGUAAUAUAUAUUUUUCAAUCAAUCAAAUUGAUUGGUGCUGUUGUCAUGCAGAACAUCCACAGUUUUUUAUUAAUGAACAGCAAAGAUCUAUGCCAUUUCCUUUAGGCAGAUAUCCAUGUUGUAGUCAACGAGCAUACAGAUUUGAAGUAUUACCAAAUCGUGAAGGCUGUAGAUACAGAGAACAUAUUCCAGACAUUAAAGCGCAAAAGGAUAUGUGUAUAUUAAACAUCUUCACAAUACAUAGAGAAAUAAUAGCAACGGAUCCACCACAAUUAUUUUUUCCAGAAAGAAUUACUAGAUUAGUAGCAUGUGAUACAUCAACUCAAUUGGGAAAAUUAGUGUAUAAGGACAUAAUGUGGUGGGUCGGUAUAGAUCUUACGUUACAACGUCCAAAAUUCGGACUUUUAGGAAAACUAUGGAGCGGGCUAAGAUUUCGACGAUCAUCUCAAAUACAAGAUUUACAGAAAUCAUUACAAAAAAUUCAUCAAAUUUCUGUUACUGAUACUUCAUCAUUUGCAUCCUCAGUCACAGAUAGCGAUGAAGAAGAUGAUGUUACAAUCGAUGAAGAUAGUAUUGACGAAUCAUAUAAUAGCGAAGAAUCACAUGCAUGGUCUACUUUAAGAUCAAAAAAUAAGAUUAAGAAAAAAUUAAGAAAUCAAACCACAUAUAAUGGUCGAUCUUGGAGUAGCAACUUAAAAAUAAGACAUAAUCAAGAUAAUCAAAGAGAAUUUGAAGAAAAAACAGCUUCACAGAUGAUAGCAAUACUAAUAAAAAUAGUGUCUGCAGAUUCCUUUAUAUCAAUGAAAUCGUCAAAUAAACACAAUCGGAAAAAGAACCAAUUAUGUGGUGGUACUUAUGCAAGAUUGGAAGCAGAAUUUCGAGACCAAUUAAAUCAAUCAUAUAAAAGCAAAAAUAUAACAGGAAAAUACUUUCUGCGCGUGAAAUCAAAUAAGUCAUAAGAUCUAACGAGGCGCCGUCCUUCAUUCUCGCCUCAUAUUCUUGUGUGGCCAUCGUAAGAAACGUUUCUUCGAGAUUCAGCAAAUCUAAGAUUGGACCAUAUACUGAACGCAAGUGGUCCAUUAACUCCUGCAAAA